AUGAGGCGUCUCGCUACUCUACUCGUGUGUGUGUGUGUGGCCCUAUGCUGGGGCGGGCUCAACGCUGAGUGCCCAGAACCCAACGCUAUGACGGAUGCCAACGGGGUCAAGCUCUGUGCCCGCUUCUUUGAAUACAGCGACUUGGUCUACAGUGACAGCUGCAAAGGCCAGUCCAUGGAUGUCUACCCCGGUGAGGACGUGCCGAACAUGCCCUUGGCUUGGAACAACCGCGUGUCCUCUCUCGUCGUAGCCUCGCGGUGCUCCCUCACCGUCUGGGACUUCUUCUUGAAGGAGGGGGAGAAGCACAAGUUCGGCGCCGGCAUCGUGCACCGUCUCAGGGAGGUGUCUCAGGGCCUGAUCGGGAGCUGGAACAACGACAUCUCAGGAUACCUCUGUACCUGCUAA